AUGCAUCGUGCUGUGAAGCAAGCUGCAACAGCUUCAAAACCAGCAUCUCAACCGACCUUUAAACUUCCUAAAAACAGCCAUCUCAUCAUCACAACUUCUGGUGGCAUUUUUUCAUGGGAUCGAGAUGGGGUCAAGCAGCUUUUCAGCAGUAGCAAGAAGGGCAUCCUUGCAGCUCGAGAAGCGAAAGAUGGAAGUCAAGUGCUUGCCGUAGCAGAUGAACAUGUCGUGGUGUUACAUGACUGCAAAAGAGGGCGCGAGGAGAGCUGGGGCUUGAGCGGUAGCGAGGGCAUCGUGCGACUGCUAGAAUAUGCACCGGAUGCAAAGUCUCUCUUCCUCAGCACUUCAUUGACUGGAGCUAUACAGCAUUACUCGAUCCACGAAUCACGCUAUCUCGACCCACCUUCCAAUCAUCCUUCUCCACCAACUGUUCUUGCUAUCUCUUCUACCUCUCACUUGAUGUUGUCUGCUUCCGAGAACCCGAGCGUGGUGUAUUUGCAGAACCUGGCUCUCAAGACAUCUGCCAUCCAACUGCAUCCGUCUGCAAGUGGCGCUGCUGUCGCAACAGCUGCUUUCCAUCCCGAACGACCCAACAUCUUCUUGCUGGCCUUCAAAGACGGCACAAUCGCUGCCUACGAUGCGACAAGAAUAACGCGAACGAGUGAAGCUUGUACUAGUACCAAGUCUCGUUCUGUGAACAACGGUCAUGCAGGCGAGAUCUCGCACUUGUCAAACCUACACCGUGUCACCAAUAUCAGGAAUUUGUCAGACCCUCCAGAUGCAUCACCAAACACGACCAUUGGGAGCAGAACCAUGGCCAUCACAGGUGCAGCAUUUCUCCCUGGUUUCCGUAGUCGCGCAGUCAGCGCUGGCGCAGAUGGACGAUGUAGACUGGUAGACUUCGAGGCUGGCGGCAAAAUACUUCGUACCUGGCACGCGCAAGCACCUGUAACUUCGUUGUCGGUUCUGGCGAUCAAGUCGUCUUCAAAGACCGAAAAGACAGUAUCCAAGCAGAAGCCUGGAGUCACCAUAAGCGGUACUGAAGCCAAAACUGUAAUCGCUGUGGGAAGGGUCGAUGGUCAGGUGCUUCUCUUUGAUUCCGUCGGACUACGUCUCGAUCAAGUCCGCGUAAAUGCGCUCGGUGAGAAGGUCAUCAACGUGGAGUGGAUGGACGGUCCCAGCCCCUACGCCAUAUCAAGUCCUAUCAAACCUGUAUCUUCAAAGAUUGAUGCCAAAUUUGACCUGUCACACAGCACACCUGGAAAAGGACAGAGAACUCAAGCUGGUUUGCCCGAUGCUCUACGAUUGCCUCCAGGCGCCGUAUUUAUCCCUACGCAACCGGCUCCUGCAAUCGCUGUGAUCGGAUGCGAAGCUGAACAGGUGUCGACAGUACGACACACGCCAGCUGCCAAUAUGGUCAGGCGCUCACCGGCGGUCGAGACCACUUACUUAGACCUUUUCUCGCCAGUCAAAAAAGUUUCUCCUCCGCGUCAGCAACAGAAAAGUCCAGUAUCAUCUCCUCACCGACGCCGUAAACGCCUCUCAAGUCAGACUUUUGUAAGGUCGAACAGCCCUGAGUCUGCGCACAUAGCUGUCGAAGUCGUAACCAGGUCACCUGAGACGCCUAAGCAUCUAUCAAUUCAUCCGUUAAACACAACGAUUGAGCGUCAACAGAAGCCUCCUCAUGGUACUACUCCAGCGUCUGCUCGACGCGGUCCUAGAUCAGGACGAAAGAAGGCUCAUGGCCGAAGUGCCCAAGGCUUGAACCGUAGCCCCUCUGCAUCUAUGGGAGCAGGAAGGAAUGGAAAAGUUCUUGCCGAUCUACGAAGACUGGGUGUUGAACAGCCAGCAAAGAAGAAUGGUAAAGCUGCGCUUUUCGCUCCAUACAUGAAUCAUACUGGUAUCUCUAAUCUUCCGAGAACGGAGGCGCAGACUACAGCCAACAAUGUUGUCUUGCUGACUGAACCCCUGCCAAUUGAAGAGUGCUCGCCUGAAUCUCAACAUCACCACCCAAACCAACCUCCGCAAGUACAUUUCGAGUUAGAAAGCCGCUCAUCAGACCGAGAUAUCUGGAUGUCCGCUGGAUCUUCGGAAGAUGAGUGCAAUCAGCGACAGGACGACGAACGCACACACUACCAUGCUCGCCAAAGACGAAUGACCCAAUCUCAAUCACAGAGGUCAGAGCCUGAAACCACUCUCGAGGCAGCGACUGUAUCACCACAACCCCACAAUGCUGCCAAGGAAGCUGCUGUGCUCUCAAUGUCCGAGGAAGCCAUGUUCAGCGCAGUCUCACACAUUUCAAACAUUGACGGCGAGUUUAUGCCUGCUUCGAGCGAUGUGCAAAGACUCUUUCCUCGUGGCUCCUCGAUCUACUCGACUUCUCCGUCUCGCCAAUCUCCUAAAAAGUCACCACGUAGACAGGUACAAGUCUGGAAUGAUGAGGCACCGAAAACAAAGACAGUUAUAAAUCCAAUGCAACGCGAAAAACUGGUGAGCAUGCAAUCUAAUACGACUCUGAAGGCAACACCAAGGGAUAUGGCAGCAAAGAAGGCUGCUGCUGUACCAUUAGGAUCUGGAGAAACGAAAAGGACCAAAGCUCUCCCACCGAUUCCAUCACUGCCAUCUACUAUCGUGCCUUCUCAACCUCAAAGAUGUGCUUGCGCGGAGAAGAGCUGUCCGGGUUGCUUAGAGCUGGGAGCGAGGGUCCACAGUCUAGAAGAUGAAGUCGCAAGAUUGAAGAUCGAGGUCCUUGGGCUUAGGAGUGCCCUCAGAAAGACGGGCGUGUCGAGCCGCGUGGCGGAGAGAAAGAGGUGA